CUCGUCGGUCCACUCCUUUCGCCAGGUCAGUACUGCGUCCCAUUCACGUUGCCGAUGCCGGCGAACGUUCCUGGGUCAUGCGUCGUUGGAACUCGCAAACCGCUUGGAUGGAGCAGUACAGUUUAUAUAUUUUAUUACUUCUUAGGAAACAAGUGAUUGAUUAUUUGUCGAAAAUUCAACAAAGCUAUUGCGUAUCUUCCUCAAGAAGCCCGCUCGGCCCUUCUAGCAAGUAGCAUCUUGAUUUUCUUGAGCGUUGUCUGUGUACCGCGAAAAGCGCAGUGAGCUUAUCUGAAGGACCCACCUUCUGAAGCUAGAUAACAUUAUCUGACGACCAAGCCAACCUCUAAUAUACAAUAUUUAUAGAUAUGAAGUCAGAAAAAUCUGUUGCAAUUCUCAAGUUUCCUGGAUACAAAAGCACGACAAUGAUAAGGAAUUUUGGCUCCAUACACUAGGAACGAUAGCCAAAAAUGAUGUGCAUGCCCUUAAAUGAAUUUGUCUUGUUCUAUAUGCGGCACAAAAUUCAAAUGUUUUGCACUACAGAAAUGGAUGCGGAAGACAAGUGCGAGCGCUUUUACGGUGAAACGCGGUACAUGUUGUACGCUGAAGCCCGCGAGGUUGGCUUUCGCGGCUUUCGAUUUGAUUUCCGUCGGGGCGGAACCAUUUUUGACAUGAGCAUCAGCCUGGAUGAAGAACCAAUGAUGGCGCGCCAGCCCCUUUCGGUGGUGCAAGCUCCUCCGCCCGCGAAGCAGUUGGACGUAAGCGCGGACGCGCAGGUUACCUUCUGCCUCUGCUGCGACCGCGGCACCUGCCAUAUUCACUUGAAAAGUGCAAAAGACGUCUUCUGCCAAGGGGAGCUCAUCCAGGUGGCCGCAGAAUUCGAGAACAAGAGCACCAGCGAGCUGAACGUGCUGAAGACAGAGAUGACCCGCUUCGUUGAGAUGCACUCGCGCGGUGGUCGUCGCUUUGUGAAAAGCGAUGUGGUCGCUACCGACCGCUUCCCAGGUGUGGCGCCGGAACAAAAGAAAGAGUGCAACUUUACCAUGGGACUCAAAAGUGGCGACCCGCGCGUGGUCCCGAGUACCCGCGGUCGCAACCUGCAGGUCACCUAUGAGAUUUCGGCCGCUGCGGAAGUCACUUGCUCCAACGACAGCGAGCUGGCCCUCCCGGCGACUAUCUACGCGCCGCUGCCGCCUCCGCCGCCCCCGAAGCUCGCCGUGCAGUGGGUUCCGACGAUGAUGCCAGCGGUUGUGCUGCAAGCGCCAACGAUGUACACAACAACUUCUACCACCACCACGACCACUACAACCACUACCAACAACGCGCAGCAGCCCGCUAUGGGUGGAAAUCCAAAUUAUGGGACCAUGCAGCAACAGCCGAUGCAGCAGCAACCGAUGAUGCAACAGCCCAUGAUGCAGCAGCAAGCGAUGAUGAUGCAGCAGCAACAGCCUAUGAUGCAGCAACAGCCUAUGAUGCAGCAACAGCCUAUGAUGCAGCAACAGCCUAUGAUGCAGCAACAGCCUAUGAUGCAGCAGCAGCCCAUGAUGCAGCAGCAGCCCAUGAUGCAGCAGCAGCCGAGAUACCCAGGCAUGUAGGCAAGAGUCGAGCGACCAGCAAACACAGGAGGAAACGCGCCUUGUGACCAUCGCUCACGUACUGCUGCCUGCGGCGAAAAGAGGGAGCCUUCCUCUGUUGGAGGAUAGCGAUAGCCGCCUUAAAACUUUUUCUUUCGUUUCGCUUGCUCAUCAAGAGUAAUAUAAAUUACGUGCUGAUGUUGCAUAUUCCUUCAAAAAAUUUCGGGUACUUAUGCAUCUUAGAUGAUGAAUCACAGGCAUACACAUGUACAUGACAUUGGGACUGCGCCAUCACCAGUGUGCUGAAGAUGAAACGUGGAGAGAAACUCAAGUACUUAGCAUGUUAAUAUGGUAAACAAGUCUUAAUAAAGUAGCAUACUCAACUAGACACGUAUACUCACAACAAGUUUGGGGACGCUGAUAAAGGAAAAUACUCUAUGAAGAGCUGUAAGAACUAGUAACAUAAUUGAUGAUAAAGAUGAUGAUAAUACAUGAUAUGGAAUGAUAGAACAAAUGAUGAUAGAUGACAUCCGCGCGACUCCAUAGACGUCGCACACUCGCGGUGCGAAUCGAAAAUGAUAUAUGAUUUAAUGGAUGAUAUUGUAAAUUUUAUUUUUACAACUGGGCUGACAAGAAACAUUCCAGCAAUGAAAAAACUAUGAAGAUGACCAUAGAAGAAGCAGUAAUAUCGUUCUGGGAAAGAUUUG